UGUUGCUGGCUCGACUUGGUUUUCGGGCUGCAAGCACUCUGAACUGCUUUGUUAUAUGCAUGUCUCAGCGUCGACCAUCUUACAUAACCUCACCGCAAUUUGUGCCAGUUCACAAUCCUCGCGAGCCAAACAAACCUGCAGCACGGUGCUAAGGCAACACACGAAGCGUUUCCAGGCCGCCUCACUGGCCCCGACUUUCUGACGCACCACUUCCCAAACGAGUCCAAGGAGCAGCAGACGUCUAACGCUGACGCAGCACUCCACAUCAGCAAACAUCUCAGCCACCAGCUCACGGGCUGGGCAGCUUUCGCAGGUCUGAGCAUUUCGUGUCCAGGCGCGCUCAGCCUUCCGUCUGCAUCCGAGCGGGCGAACCAACCAUCAACGUUCCGGCUACCAAAACACCGGGACCCCUUUUUUGCACGUUUAUCCACAAUUAUUACAGCAGCAGGGGGAGACGGAGACGGAGACGGUGGAUUUCCCUUGACGCCCUUGAUAUUGUAAAGCCUCGCGCGCGCACCCUCCCAAAAUGGCUGACGCCGACGUGCUCCCUUCCUAUCAUGCGUUGUUCCCCGAGGAAGAGGCUAACACCGUCGUCAAUGGCCGAAGACGCUACACGACCAUCACUCUUCGUGAGAUCUACUACCCUGGGGGCUGUCCGUGCCAUCCCAAGGAGAAGAAAUUGGCCAAGAAGCGAAAAUCGAAACAGGAACCCCAGCGGCCGCCGAACACGUUCGAGCCCGAUCCCCUCCACGACUGUCUAUGGCUAGGCCACGCACGACCGACCAUCGCCGAGCGUUCAGCGAGUCAGAGCAGCGAAAGCUCGACUCGGUCGACAGGCAGCAACAGCAGCAACUCUUCAAAUCCGAUGAACACCAACAAUUCCAGCACGAGUGGCACGGCCCCAUCCGCCGAUUCGAGAUCCUCAAAAGCACGACCUUGGGACUGGUUAGCCCGCAGAACCUCCAGCUAAGCGUCGUCGAUGUCGAUGCCGGGAUUGUCCACACGGGCCAUCUCACCGACCUUUCGACGCUACCUAGUUCCCGCCAUGAACCAGUCUUUGUGACCAGUAACAUGAAGUGGUGGAAGCAGAAGUUUGUGCUUCCGCCUUCAUUUGAGAUCUUCCCGGGCACUGCCCAUCAGCAGCACCCCCAGCACAAGUGGCUGCGAGGCCGGGAUGUCGCCCAGACGGGAAGCGAAGUGACUGGACUCCCACCAACGCAGCCCGACGAGACCCUCGGCCAUCUCGACGCCAAUCCCAGCGCAGACCCUGUCGAAGUCCCUGUGGAACCCAGGUCCAGCAAGAGCUUCGAUGGUUCCAAGAGGGACGAACAAUACCCUCUGGCAGAGAUAAAGUACCAGGGCUGGCAAGGGUUUACUCGUAUGUCCAUCUCACUUACCCUCUACAACAUCACGCCGGAGAUGCACUACUCUCCCUCGGCCACGCAAGAACCCCAGAACGCGAGUCACGACAUCCGCUCCCACUAUACCAUUACCCGCCAUGGUUGGAAGCGCGAGUACAUCUUGAGCAGGUCUCCGUCGUCGCGGAACUAUAAAUGGCACUCGCCCCCGAGCCACAAUAGCCAGGUCCUCUCCAUGCCCGCCGUGGACGACGGCUUUGACCCGGCUAAUGGGAACCUUCUGCUGGAGGACUCCCAGGGCACGCUUGUGGCCGUGUACAAGCAGAGGCGCGAUCACCAGGUCUUGGGCGCCUUGACGGUGUUCUUGGCCAACGUUGCUGGAGGGCCAAGCGGAGGCAACCUUGGGGAUAGUAACGAGAAUGAAGGAUACGAGCAGGGCCAUGGACAUCGACACGGCCACGGACACGGCCAUGGGUAUGGGAGCACAGCUAGGGCCGACGAGAGAAUCCCUCUCAAGGCCGUGGUGGCGAGCUGUCUGGCCGUGGUCAUGUACGAGCGGAUUGGCUGGCAGAAUCUCUUGGGGCACUGAUUCUGCCUGCUUUUACUUGAACCAUGAAGUGAUUGCUGCUUAGGUGCAAAACGAAUCAUGUCCUUUUUAUGAAACCCGCAUUUACGAUACCAGAAAGGCAAGGUGCCUUGCAUGAUAUAUUCCCACAAGGCGUUUGGUUCUAGGCUCCUUUUUGUAACCCACAGGUUUAUGGAUGGAGCAUUAGCUGUGUUGUUUUACCACCUUUUCCUUCCCACCUCUUUGUACAUAUAUACUGCCAACAAUACCAUACAUAACAAAACACUGUGCCGACUACUAGCACAGUGUAUCCAACUGUCUA